CUCAUCCCCUCCAGCUCUAGCUCUGUGUACAUCCGAAAAGAUACUGCUAAGAAAGUGAAAAGAAGAGAAGCAGAAGAAAAAGGAAACUUUCAAAAAAUGAAGAUGCUCUCAGUUCUACUUCUGCUGAGUGCCCUCCUGGGUGCCCACACAGUGCCCUCCCGGCGGCCCAAGUGCUACAAGAGGGUCCUGCAUGACCACAGCUGUCACAGCAUUCCCGAAGGCAUGGUGAGCCUCCGGCAAGUUGAUGACAACCUGCAGGAUCACUUUUGGGAAGGAGAAGGCUGCGAGACCAUCUGUUACUGCAACUUCAAGGAACUGCUCUGCUGUCCAAAGGAGAUUUUCUUUGGAUCGAAGAUAUCUUUCGUGAUUCCCUGUAACAGCGAGUGAUCAACACUGAGCCUGUCACUGAGGACAACGGGCAUCAUUCCACAAUCACAAAAUACGCUUUCAAGAGAAAAAACAAAGCCAGCAACAGCCAAAACAAAACAAAUUUCCUCUCUAAGUACACUGUAGAAACUAUCUUUCUGCUGGAAAAAAAUUUCCUCUCUAUGCUUUGUGAAAUAUGUAAAAAUUUCUCCUUUUGGAUAUGGUAGCUGCCUUAAUUAGCUCCAUAUGGAUGUGAAAGACUGUACCUGCUCAUAAUUGUCCCUGCAUUUAUCUCCUAGCAAAUAAUAUAUAAACAUAUGUGUGUGAGUGUAUCCUUUUAAUAACUA